UUCACGAAAAACAAAUCUGAUUUCUGAAAUAAAUACUAGACCAAAAAAUUAAAAAAAAAUGUCGAACACUGAAAGGGAAGCAGAGAGAGCUCAGAGACCGGUUCGCCUUCGAGAUUUGAAUUUUAAUUUUUAAAAUAUCUUUUUGUGGCAUUGAGUUGAGGAAGAAACUUAUCAAGUUUGGUUGGAAGUGUAAAGGGGAGAUCACUUAUUUUAGCAAUUACUCUGAUUUGAUUGAAUAUGGGUGAGGAAGAAACGAAGAAUGAUGUUCCUGAGGUGACGGCCAAUGGAAAGACUAACUCAGUGGAGAAACCGUCAGAAACUGUGGUGGAGAAAAAAGAGAUUAAGGAAGACAAAGGACUAAAAGAAAUGGAAGAAGAUGCAAAAGAUGAUGGAGUGAAGGAAAUGGAAGAAGAUGCAGAGAUGGGUAGAAUGAAAGAAAUGGGGGAAGAUAAGAAAGAUGAUGCAGGGAAAGAAAUGGAGGCAGAGAAGAAAGAUGCUGAGAGAGCUGGUGAGAAAGUUGAGACUGAUAAAAUGGAGGAAGACCCAGAAAUCAAGGAAGAGAAAGAAGCCAAAGGAGAGAUGGAAAAACAAGUGGACAGUGAAAAUGAGGAACCGAAAACUGAAGAUGGUAAAGAAGAAAAUGGCUCUAAAGAGAAUGAUGAACAGAAUGUUAAGGAAGAGGAUGUAAAUGAGAAGGCUGAUGGGACAAAGGAGGAAGAGCGUAAGGUAGAAGAAAGUAAACAGUUGAAAGGGUCAGCAAAGCGUGGGUCAAAAGUUAAAGGACAGAAGCCAAAGGUAGUAGAUGAGAAGGAGCCUGAGCAAAGGACUCCUUUUACUGAUCGCCCUGUGCGGGAGCGGAAAUCUGUUGAAAGGCUUGUGGCCACCAUCGAGAAAGAUGCUGUAAAGGAAUUCCAAAUUGAAAAGGGACGUGGUACCCCAUUGAAAGAUAUUCCUAAUGUGGCAUUUAAGUUAUCUCGAAGGAAGACUGAAGACACCUUCAGACUGCUUCAUACAAUUCUCUAUGGAAGAAGGGGAAAGGCAUCUCAGAUGAAAAGCAACAUAUCUCGUUUUUCUGGAUUUGUGUGGCAUGAAAAGGAGGAAAAGCAAAAGAUCAAAGUGAAGGAAAAAUUUGACAAGUGUAAUAAAGAGAAGUUGCUGGAAUUCUGCGAUGUGCUAGACAUUCAAAUUUCCAAAAACACUAGGAGGAAGGAAGAUAUUGUCACAAGUCUGAUAGACUUUUUGAUGGCUCCUCAUGCCACAACUACUGAGCUACUCUCUGAGAAAGAGUCAAGAGCAAGCCAGAAGCGGAAGAGGGUAGGCAAACAAAAUUCAUCAACUUCUGAGAAUGCAUCUUCAAAACGUUCUGCGAAGAGUCGAAGAAAGGCUGAAGAUUCUUCAAAGAAGAAGAAUACCUCAGACUCGGAGGAUGAGUCUGAAGGUGAAGAGGAAAAGGAAGAAGAAUCUGAACAAGAGGAAAAAGAAGAAAAUGGUGUUCCUGAGCCUUCUGAUGAUGGGAUUCCUGAGCCUUCUGAAAGUGAAGACAAAAGUGAGUCUGAGGAUGAAUCAGAAGAAGACGUGAAGAAACGCAAAAGAAGUUCAAAGACCCCAACUAAAAAGGUAUCUGCUGGAAAAGCUGGGGCCAAGAAAAUUACAGUCACUAGUAAGUCCAGUCCACCACCGAAAAGAACACCGAAGAAAGCACCAUCUAAACAAUCCAAGGCCGAUGAAGUCAGUCAUACUAGCCCAAAGGUAUUCUCAAGAAAGAAGAAAAAUGAAAAGGUCACCAAGGAAAACACUACAACUUCGACAAAAACUACUCCCAAGGAAAAAACUGGAAGAAAAGCUGUGAAAGGUAAGGAUAAAGCUGAGGAUGAGAAACUGAAGCCAAGUGAUGAGGAUAUGAGAGAUGCAAUAUGUGCGAUUCUUAAGGAAGUGGACUUCAAUACGGCUACCUUCACAGACAUUUUGAAACAACUUGCUAUUCGAUUUGACAUGGAUCUCACUUCAAGGAAGUCAUCUAUAAAGCUCAUGAUCCAAGAAGAGCUCACAAAACUAGCCGAUGAGCCUGAUGAUGAAGAUGAGGGAGGUGAUGCUGAGAAAGAUGAAACCCAGUCUACUGGCCAAGAGGUUGAAGCCUGAUGAUCUUCGAAUGGGAACAUGACUGCAAGAAAUUGUUGUAGGUAUUUAAGCCUCUUGGAUCCCUCUUUUGAAUUUAGUUGUACCACAUGUAAUAUUUAGCCUGUUUCCAUAAAGCUGGCUGUAAUUUAUUAUAUUAGCAUUAAUUUGCUGGCGGUUAAGCUAGAGAUUAGUGAAAACUAGAGAAGAUGGUGCUACUCAAGUCUUUUGUGCUGCAGAAAUGCUGCAUGUUGUGUACACUAUAACAUAAACAUGAAUCUGUAGGAAUUCUAACCAACCUUUUGUGGAGUAUAAAACUAAGACAUUGAGAAACUUUGCCAUUGGUA